AUGACGAGUGCGUCUACGUCAUCUAGUAGUGCCGGGAUGAAAAGGAAAGCUUUGUCUAUUGACGAUAAAUUGAGGAUUAUUAAACUGUAUGAUGAAACAAUUGGUGUAUUCAAUAAACAACAAAUUGCCGACCAAUUAGGAUUGCCCUUCUCUUCGUUGCGGACCAUAUUGAAGAAUAGGAAAGAAAUUGAAAAAAAUGCUUUUUCAGGCAGUACGAAACGUCAAAAGGUUAGAAAUGGUAAAAAUGAGCAGUUGGAAAAUAUUUUGUUGGAGUGGUUUCGACAAGCUCGCACAUUAAAUUUGGCUGUAAAUGGUCCCGUUUUGACAGAAAAAGCAAAUGAGAUCGCAAAAAGGUUGAAUAUAACGGACUUUGGCGGAUCUAAUGGUUGGCUUGAUCGUUUUAGAAAAAGGCACGGUAUUGUCUAUCGUAAAAUUUGUGGGGAAGCCGAUGCUGUAGAUGACAACAGUAUUAAAUCGUGGAAAGAGACAAUUCAACCAAAUUUUUUGAAAGAUUAUUCACCCGAGGAUAUAUACAAUGCUGAUGAGUUUGGCUUGUUCUUUAAAUUGAUGCCAGAUAAGUCACUUGUGAUGAAAGACGAAACAUGUCAUGGUGGUAAGUUAAGUAAGGACCGGUUAACUGUUUUAACUUGCUCAAAUUGGUCUGGAACUGACAAGCUAAAACUUUUGCUCAAAACCAUGCGUGGAUUACUGGAAGUUUAUUCAUUGAAUGGGUUCAACAGCUCAACAGCGAAAAUAACCCUUACAAAUAUCAAACUUGUAUUUUUCCCGCCAAAUGCUACGAGCAAGCUUCAGCCUCUUGAUCAAGGUGUGAUCAAAGUUUUAAAACAGAAAUACUGUAAGAAAUUAGUUCAACGGUAUUUACUAGAAAUGGAAUCUGUGACCGAUGAAGAAAUCCCCAAAAUCCCCAAAAUCAAUGUUUUAGAUGCUAUUCAUUAUGUUUCAAUCGCGUGGGAUGAGAUAAAACCAGAAGUUAUUAAAAACUGUUUCAACAAAGCUUAUUUUGGUAACGUCUCACAAGAAGACCCUCACUUUUUGGACUCAGACGAAUUUCGGGACUUUGAGGAGGUUAAUCCAGGCUACACAUCCAUUGACGACCAAUUGAUAACAAACGAGGCCCCAUAA